CCAAAAGGCACGUCAGGUCUUGCAAGAUGCAAGGUAGCACCCUGCUGCUUCAGCCCCAGCCUCCCCCUGCGGCUCCUGCCCACGUUGCUGCUGCCCCCGCUCCUGAUGAGCAACCAUUCGAAGCCCUCGACCAGCCCCUUCCCGACCAACACAUGGAACUCGACCCGCCAGCUGGCUUGCCUGAGCCCGCUGCUGAGGGCUCUCCAAGGCUAACCGAGGCACAGCAGGACGCUAUGCUUGCCAUCUUCCAUGUAGAGGACGACAAUGAUAUGGCAGGUGGCGAAGCUUAUCCGCCUGGGGAUGACAUGGAGCCGAGUGAGAAUGGAUACCCAGCGGACCCUGACGAUCCAGUUAACAUCUAUGCGGAAAUACUUAGCGCCUAUGCCGACGUUCUGGAAGGAGGGGCAGCCGACUCACCCAACCGCAACCGCACUUCCCAUUGCAGCCACUCACUGCCCCUGAAUUGCACAGGGAAGCAUGCAUGCAUAGCAGCCACAUCUAGGUAGCACAGGU